AUGAGUUCUGAUGGAUGGCAUAUACCUUCCUGUGCUUGUGGUCCCUGUUUUGAAUUGUCCUUUCAAAAUGAUGGCUAUCGAUCCUUGUCCCUGUCUGGUCAUGUUGGUUUUGAUAGUUUACCAGAUCAACUGGUUAACAAAUCCAUCAAACAAGGCUUCUGCUUCAACAUUCUUUGUAUAGGGGAAACUGGAACUGGGAAAUCAACACUGAUAAACAGUUUAUUUAACACCAAUUUUGAUGACCCUGUGUCGACACAUUUUCAACCGAAUGUGAGACUUAGAGCCCGGACACAUGAGCUCCAGGAAAGUAAUGUUCAUUUGAAACUGACCAUUGUAAACACAGUGGGAUUUGGUGACCAGAUAAACAAGGCAGAUAGCUAUCAGCCAAUAGUGGAUUAUAUAGAUGCACAAUUCGAAGCCUAUCUCCAGGAAGAACUGAAAAUGAAACGUUCUUUAUAUAGUUACCAUGAUACUCGCGUCCAUGUCUGCCUCUAUUUCAUUUCACCUACAGGCCAUUCCCUUAAAACUCUAGAUUUGUUAACCAUGAAAAGUCUUGACAGCAAGGUGAACAUUAUACCAAUUAUAGGCAAAGCAGACAGCAUUUCUAAAACUGAGCUACAGAAGUUCAAGGUCAAACUCAUGAGUGAACUGGUUAGUAAUGGCAUCCAGAUAUACCAGUUUCCAACUGAUGAUGAAACCGUUUCUAAAAUUAAUGCCAUCAUGAAUGGACACUUACCAUUUGCUGUAGUAGGAAGUACGGAAGAGGUGAAAAUUGGAAACAAAAUGGUGAAAGCUCGUCAGUACCCUUGGGGCAUUGUGCAAGUGGAAAAUGAGAACCACUGUGACUUUGUGAAGCUUCGUGAGAUGCUUAUUUGCACAAAUAUGGAAGACUUAAGAGAACAGACUCACGCACGACAUUAUGAGUUGUACAGACGCUGCAGACUGGAGGAGAUGGGCUUCAGAGACAUUGGUCCUGAGAACAAACCAGUCAGUCUACAGGAGGCGUAUGAGGCGAAGAGGCAUGAGUUCUACCUUGAGAUGCAGAGGAAAGAGGAGGAGAUGAGACAAGUGUUUGUGCAGAGAGUGAAGGAGAAAGAAGCAUUUUUGAAAGAAGCAGAGCAAGAAAUACAGGCUAAAUUUGAACACCUUAAGCGAUUGCAUCAAGAGGAGAGACUGAAACUAGAGAAGAACAGACGAGUUCUGGAAGAUGAAAUGGCUAUGUUUGUUAAGAAGAAAACUACUGCUGAAUUACUCCAAACACAAGCAUUAGUCUCUACACCUGUUAGUUUGAAGAAAGACAAAGACCGCAAAAACUUUACGUAAUACUGAGGAUAGAAGAAGCAAAUGUUGAUAAUUUCUCUCAAGGAAGCUAUGACUCACAGUGUGCUUUUGAAGGGGAAGGAGUUGCUGUUUUUUACUGAAAGAAUUUGGAAAAUGUCUCUUAUUACUGCAGGCUGCAAGAAAAGAAUUUUUAAGUAUCGUCUGUAUGCAUAGGGUGCUGUGAUUAUUGUCACAUUAAUAUGGCUUCAUGGACUUUCUAUUAUGCAGCUACCUUGUUAUGCACUUGCUUUACAUACAUGUGGCCAAAUUGCAUUCAAUUUAUUUGCAGUGUACAAAAGAAAAUGUCUAUGCCAUAAACAGUUUUUCUGAUAAUAUGAAUCCUGUAGUACAGAAGUAUUUAGUGAGUAUAUCUACUAUAACCUUUCUAAAGAGUUAUUUUUAUAUGAUACAGUAUGUUAAUCUACUAAACAAUAUUUAAUACAGCUCUUGACAUAAUUCAGCCACUUACUGAUUUUGCUUACAUGAUUUUAUAUGAACAAGCAGUGUCUUAACUUUUGGGUAUAAUCUUUCUAAUCAAAAUUUAGCAGAUAUUUUUGCAGUGCUGCCGUGUUACAUGCUAGUUUAUCUGACGUUACUAAUUUAGUUUGGAAAGUAUCUAUAACUUUUAAGGCCUGUGACUUUGCAGUCACGGCAAAAGGCUAAACAUUACAAAAAGCACUAACUUCAAGAGCUUCAGGUUAAAGCAAGUUUAAAAAAGUCUCUGUAUUUCUAGUGGUUAUAAUAACAAAUUGGAAACAUUCUGUAAAAAGUGCAAUUCUCUGAAUUUUUAUAUGACUACUUUUAAAUAAAACGUUGACUUGAGAGAAA